AUGCCAAGACAUUCUUCCAGCUCUAGCAGAAGCCAUAGAAAGAAGCAUAGCAAGAAAUACAGGAGACAUUCAAGUUCUUCUUCUUCAUCGUCGGAUUCGUCAUCAGAGAGACAUCAUUCAAGGAGAAGAAGAGGUCAUCACAGUCAUCGUUCAAGAUCACCUCGCCCACGUUCAUCGAGUCCUGUCAAGAAGGUGUUUAUGAAUGUACAAAUUCAAAUUCUAAAAGCGAAGCCCAUCUAAUCCACAUCAAGCGCAGAGACAAUCAAAGAAUAUAGGGCCUAACAUAAUAUCUUCAUUCGAUCUCAACAUGUAAAUGUCCCAGAUCCUAUCAUGAGAUUUGAGGAUGUUUAAUGUUUCCCACAGAUAUUGAUGGACUUGCUGUUGAAGGCCGGUUUCAAAGGACCCACUGCCAUCUAAGCCCAAGGAUGGUCUAUUGCACUAACUGGACAUGACCUCAUUGGAAUAGCGCAGACGGGUUCUGGCAAAACUCUUGCCUUCCUUCUACCAGCGAUUGUCCACAUCUUGGCACAGGCGAGAUCCCAUGAUGCAAAAUGUUUGAUAUUGGCUCCCACCAGAGAAUUGACAUUGCAAAUAUAUGAGCAAUUCUAAAAGUUUUCAGUGGGAUCUCAACUUUACGCAGCCUGUCUUUAUGGAGGACAAGAUCGCUACAUACAGAAAAGUCAAUUGCGUAAAGGCCCUUAAGUUUUGAUUGCUUGUCCAGGGUUGUACCACCCUCAAAUCGCCGAUCGUAUGCUCGACAUGGGUUUUGAGCCCUAGAUUCGAAAGGUCGUUGAUCAAAUCCGUCCCCAGAGAUAAACUAUGCUUUUUUCUGCCACCUGGCCAAAGGAAGUUCAAAAGUUAGCCCUUGACUUUUGUAAACAAGAGCCAGUCCACAUUUAAAUUGGGAAUGUGGAGCUGACCUCAAACAAGAUGAUUAAAUAAAUCGUCUAUGUGAUGAAAGCAAUUGAAAAGAAUUAAAGGUAUAAUCAAACUAUUGAUGAUCAUCAAUAUCUUUGUUAUUUGAAUAUAUUAAGGUUGCUCUAUUUGUUGAAGGACAUCGCACACAAAAAAAUAUUGAUCUUUUGCUCCACCAAGAAGGGUUGCGACUAACUUUAAAAGACUCUAGACAGAGAAGGAAUUCGAUGUCUCGCAUUACAUGGAGAUAAAAAGCAGAGCGAGAGAGAUUACGUUAUGAGUCAUUUCAGAAAUGGCAGAUCUACAGCCCUCAUAGCAACUGAUGUUGCAUCAAGAGGAUUAGACAUAAAGGACAUAGAAAUCGUUGUAAAUUAUGACAUGCCCAAAGUAAUAGAAGAUUAUGUACACAGAAUUGGAAGAACUGGUCGUGCUGGAGCCAAUGGUCAGUCGAUUUCAUUCUUUGCUUCAGACGAAGAUGCCAGAAUGGCCAAGGACUUAGUGGAGAUUCUCAGGGAAUCCUAAAAUGACAUUCCUUAUGAAUUGAGAAGUCUGGUGGAUCAAAAUAAUAAGGGAAAUAAUUACAAUCCUUAUAGAAGAUGGAAUUCUUCAGGAUCCAGACAUAUUCAAUAGCCGUUCAUGUAGCAUCAGCAUCAAAAUUAAAAUUAAAAUCAACAUCCCCAUCCACAUCAACAUCAACUUCAACAUUAGCCAUCUCAUUAUCCAUCUUCAUGGUCAUUUUAAACAUUCAAUCCACAAUUUCUUUAGUAGAUAAAUCCAUAUCAAAUUUGAUGUUUUCAUAAAUAAAUAUUUUAUAAAUUAGUAA